CGUAUCUGAUGGCACGACCAGCAGCAGCACCAUGAGCAACCCAUCGGCCGUCACAGCUAAAGACGACAUCAAGUGUGCGACGCCGCUCGUUGGUGCGCCGAAGCAUGCCGCACCGUCAUCGUUCCCACGUCAAAAUUGCCAAGACACUGAGGUCGCUGGAGCCGUACUCUGGCCCGGCCAUGUUCACUGCGAUCGUCGUAGUUGGCUUUGUGGUCGGAUAUGCGGUCGACGCCACCCCCAACAUCCCUGAGCCAUACGGCCGCAUCUCGUCUGUCAUCGGGUGGACGUACUUUGCCGCAUGGAGCAUGAGUUUCUGGCCGCAGAUCAUUUCAAACUUUGCACGACAGAGCGUCGUGGGAGUCUCCCUCGACUAUCAACUGUACAACCUCCUCGGUUUUGUCUGCUAUGCCAUCUUCAACUGCUCUUUCUUCUGGGGUGCAUCUGUCCAAGCCGAUUACAUGGCUCUCCAUGACGGCCAUCGCAAUGCUGUCCAGAUCAACGACGUGUUUUUUGCCCUUCACGCUCUCACAGCCACGUUGGUCCAGGUCUACCAGUGUCUGGUGUAUCCUCGCGGCGACCAAACGUUGUCGGUGCUGUCCCAGGUAGUCGUCACCGCGUCGACUCUCACUUGCGGCCUGUUCUACCUCGUCUCCACGACCACCGACUCGCUCGGGCUCUUUACAACGCUCAACUUUCUGUACCUGCUCAGCUAUGUCAAACUCGGCGCAACCUUGGUCAAGUACAUUCCACAAGUGUACUUGAACCAUGUUCGACGAUCGACUGUGGGAUAUUCCAUCUAUGGCGUCCUUGUCGACUGCCUCGGGUCUGUGCUCUCGAUGGGCCAGCUCGUCAUGGACGGUGCCGUGACUGACGAUUGGAGUGUGAUCUCGGGCGACCCAGUCAAGUUUGGCUUGGGCGCUGUCUGCAUCUUCUUCGACGUUGUCUUCAUGGUGCAGCACUACGUUUUGUACCCGGACACCGACGAUGACGAACGAGGCGGGAUCGUCGUGUACCCCGCGAGCAACGUUGUCGUGGUUGAGCUCGCUGCAGCCUCCGAAAACGACCCGCUCCUCAAGAACGUCGUGCCGUCGGCGGCCUACACUUUCCUCGCCACCGCAUAUGACGACUUCGAGAAGUCAGAUGCCCUGGACAAUGCUCCUCGAGGCGGACCCGUUGCCGUCCACGUCCCUCAAGUUGUCGUGUUGUGUGGAGAAUGACCUCGGUCAUAUUUAUAUGUUUGCUUGUCGUGUAUUCAUACGUUCAUCAAGCAUACUCUUAAUAUAUUUGAAUUGACUAAUUCGUGAAAACCCACAGUAAUAUUCAAUCCAGCCAUGCAAGUCU